AUGUCAGAACCUCUUACGGUGCUCCUGUCGUCGCGGGCCAUUCUCCCCGACCCCGACGGGUCGUCGCUCCUGGAAUCGCCCGCCACGAUCGUUAUCUCCCCCGCCACCGGCAAGAUUGUCUCCGUCGAGCCAAGCAUCCGCCCCCGUGGCGACUUUCCAAACGACACCACCUACGUUGACCACUCGCCUCGGGUGCUGCUGCCGGGCCUCGUCGACGCGCACGUGCACCUCAACGAGCCCGGCCGCACCGAGUGGGAGGGCUUCUGGACGGGUACGCGCGCCGCGGCCAGCGGCGGCGUCACCACCGUCGUCGACAUGCCGCUCAACGCGAUCCCACCGACGACCACGGUGCGCGGGUUCCGGGAGAAGCUGGCGGCCGCGGCCGGCCAGUGCUGGGUCGAUGUAGGCUUCUACGGCGGCGUCAUCCCGGGCAACGCCGAGGAGCUGCGGCCGCUCGUCGAGGCGGGCGUCCGCGGCUUCAAGGGCUUCCUGAUUGAAUCUGGUGUCGACGAGUUCCCCGCAGUCACGGCAAAGGAUGUCGCGCUCGCCAUGGAGACGCUCAAGGACGUGCCGACGACGCUCAUGUUCCACGCCGAGAUGGUGCCGCACGAGGGCGGCGGCAGUGCGACGAGCAGCAGCGCCGACGCCACCGCCUACCAAUCCUUCCUCGACUCGCGCCCGCCGGUGUUUGAGACGUGCGCCGUCGAGGAGAUCCUCUCGCUCGCGCACAUCGCGCCGCGGCUGCCGCUGCACAUUGUGCACCUGUCCGCCGUGCAGGUCAUCCCGCUGCUGCGGGCCGCGCGCGCGCGGGGCGUCCGCAUCACCGCCGAGACGUGCUUCCACUACCUGGGGCUCGCCUCCGAGGAUAUUGACCACGGCGACACGCGGCACAAGUGCUGCCCGCCGAUCCGCGAGGGCCGCAACCGCGACGGUCUCUGGGAGGAGCUGGUCGCCGCGGACUCGUGCCUGGCGACCGUCGUCUCCGACCACUCGCCCUGCACGCCCGAGCUGAAACUCCUACCCGCACACCUGCAAAAGGAAUCCGCCGGCGCCGCUGAGAAGAGCUCUGGCUCACGCGGCGACUUCUUCGCUGCCUGGGGCGGCAUUUCGUCCGUCGGCCUCGGCCUGCCCAUCUUCCACUCGUCUGCCAAGGCCCGCGCGGCCGCAUCGCCGUCGGCAGCGGUGCCUAGCCUGGUCGACAUGGUGCGCCUCUGCUGCCAGGCGACGUCCGAGCAGGUCGGGCUCGAGCACCGCAAGGGCGCGCUGCGCGCGGGCCUGGACGCCGACAUCUGCGUCUUUGACGACGCGGAGGUGUGGACGUUUUCGCAGGGCGACAUGCGCUGGAAGAACCGCUGCUCGCCGUGGGAGGGCCACGAGUUCACAGGCCGCGUCAAGGAGACGUGGCUGCGCGGCACCAAGAUCUUUGAGCACGGUGCGGGCAAGGAUGGCUUGGUGACGGAGAAGCCAGUCGGUGAGCCUAUUACAGAGAAGAGAAGGUGA